AUGUCGAAGCCGGAAAUGGUGCGACAAGGUGAGGCACAGAAGAGGCUCAAUGAGAAAUACCUAUGCGAAACGAUCGAUUCAGGUGACGAUGCGCCAGCACUGCAACCGGAACAAGAAGCCGACGAUGGCAGCUGCGAUGAUGGACCACCGGAUGGUGGCGACUGUGGAGCCUUUGAAACGGCUGGUGAAGGCAGCAGUCGUUUGUCUGAAUCAGUGGGGAGCGAUUCGCAAGCAUAUGAGCAGUAUACGAUGGGGCCGACAUUCACCCGAGCCGUACUUCCUCCCGAUGCAAAGGUGCUGAUGCUGAUGAAGCCGAAUGUGCCGGGUGAAAAGCAACGGCUGGUGAAAUUGGAACCAGUUGCCAAUCCUGCCAAACCUGAUUUCCGAUUUGCUUUCGAGACGCUACGUAAAACGGCAAAAAAGACCGACCUGCGGAAAAUUUCACUGUUUCCAUGCGAGAAAGUAAAAUCCGAUGGGCAAGGCAUGUUGCUCACCUUGUUGACAACCGUUGGACAAUGCGCAUUAGUGAGUGUGGUGUCCAUGGGAAAGUAUGUGACCACUGGGUCAACCCCGGAAGAGGUGACACACAUGCAUAGAACAGGCGGUGGUGAAAGUCAGAUGAGUACAAGGCCAAGACGUGUUCACAAGGCGCCUCAGCGAUAUGGAGAUUAUGUGGAAGAGCCAAGCAAAAGCAGUGCACGCACUCGACACACUGAUAUCCGAUAUCCGGAAUCUGAUGAUGGUGAAGAAAGUGACCGGAACGAGGGUAGAAGGCGUACUCAUUCAUCGAGCUCGAAAAAGAAAAACGUCGAAGAGAAUGUUGCGGAGGAACAAGAAGAAAUAAAUGACGAAGAGGAAAAUCGUGAUAGUAUUUUUGCAAAUGAGGAAAUGGAUGACAUGGAAGAG